UUCCUAAGAACUGGGCCACCCACGCUUCGACUGGCCAGACUGAACGGAUAUGCAUUAAGAUACUAACAAGGUGAUUAGAUAGCUGAAUUGUCCGUCUCUGCCAUCAUCAAUAUCUGUAUCUGCCUUCUUGAUUCCAUGGCUCUCCCUCUCGGAAAAUCAAAACGUAUUCUCCAAUGUCUCAAAUCGAAGAUUUGUGUUGUGGGUCUUGGAAAAAACAGUUUUUGGAGUGGUUGGUUUCAUCAUGGUUGCCCAUCCUCCAUGGCUCCACUGGCUCCAACUUGCAGAAACCCAGAUGCAGUUUUGGUUAAUGCGGCAACCCAAUUCGCAACUCGUCGUUUCGAAUCCACCAAAGCUGAAAAACAUGUGGAUUCUCUUUGUGAUGCUGAAGGCAAUCAGCUCUUGGAUUUUCCGGGAGGAAAGGUGGCAUUCACCUCUGAAAUGAGAUUCAUACCUGAAUCCCCUAUGGAGCGGGCACACUGCUACCGGGUCCUUGAUGACAAUGGUCAGCCAAAUAUGUCCAACUUUGUACAGGUUAGCAAGGAAGUUGCUGUAAAAAUGUAUGCUACCAUGCUCACACUUCAAGUGAUGGACACUAUCUUCUAUGAAGCACAAAGGCAAGGAAGAAUUUCCUUCUACGUCACCUCCAUCGGAGAAGAGGCCAUCAAUGUUGCUUCAGCGGCAGCACUCUCCAUUGAUGAUGUCAUCUUCCCUCAGUAUAGGGAGCCAGGAGUUCUUCUAUGGCGAGGUUUCACCCUGCAAGAAUUUGCAAACCAGUGUUUUGGAAACAAAGCUGAUUAUGGGAAAGGCAGACAGAUGCCCAUCCAUUACGGGUCUAACAAGCACAAUUAUGUCACUGUGUCAUCAACAGUUGCGACACAAAUUCCCCAGGCUGUUGGUGCUGCAUAUUCUUUGAAGAUGGAUGGGAAAGAUGCAUGCACAGUCACUUAUUUUGGAGAUGGAGGCUCAAGCACGGGAGACUUCCAUGCUGCUUUAAAUUUUGCUGCGGUUAUGGAGGCCCCAGUUAUUUUUAUCUGUCGGAACAAUGGGUGGGCCAUCAGUACCCCUGUCUCAGACCAGUUUCGAAGUGAUGGUGUUGUUGUUAGAGGACGGGGAUAUGGAGUUAGGAGCAUCCGCGUAGAUGGCAACGAUGCUCUUGCUAUGUACACUGCUGUUCAUGCUGCACGCAAAAUGGCAAUCACUGAACAUAGGCCCAUCUUAAUUGAGGCCCUCACAUAUCGAGCAGGACACCACUCCACAUCAGAUGAUUCCUCCAAAUAUCGCCCGGUCAGUGAGAUUGAAUUGUGGAGAAUGGCGAGAGAUCCUGUAAGUAGACUCAGAAGAUGGAUUGAAAGUAAUGACUGGUGGAGUGGUGAGGCUGAAUCAGAGCUGAGAAGCAAUGUGAGGAAGGAGGUCCUAGAUGCAAUUCAAGUAGCAGAAAGAGUUGAGAAGCCUCCAAUUGCAGAGAUUUUCACGGAUGUGUAUGAUGCUCCCCCAUCCAAUCUUUGUGAGCAGGAGAAAUUACUGAGAGAAACCAUCAGAAGAUACCCCCAGGAUUAUCCACCUGAUGUACCUGCUCUUUAGAUCAAUCCCAUUUCGUAUCCAGGUGUCUUUGGUAGAUAUGCAUCUUGAUAAUGCUACAGCACAAUAAUAGUGAUGAUGAUGAUUGCUAAA